AUGGUUUCAGGGUCUGGGAGCAACACCAAAUUGCUUUUAAAUCUCCAGCAGCAGAUGAACCCCGCCCAUUCUGGCUCUCACUGAAGUGGAGCCAGCAUCACAGAUCCUCAGCGUCAGAUCAGGCCAAUAUAAAAAGACGUACUCUCCACUUCAGCCACAACAGACGACAAGAUCUCCCUGAGCCUAUCGACAAUGUAAGUCUGUUUUAUGAAAUGUCUUCCAAGGGACUUGACUGCAAGUUUUUUAUCCUAAAAUGUUGGUGGAUGAAGAAUUCUUUUUUUAAAGAAUAGAUCCAUUUUUAAAACCAUCUAAUGUGGGAAACUGGGAAUAAAUCAAAGUUCCUUUUAUUCUUUAAUUUUUUUUUUUUAAAUCUUUUUAACUUAAAGAAACAUUUCUCAUGAUUUUUUUCGGUUGGUGUCUAUUUUCUCACUGACAAAGAGGAAAGAAGCAACACAAUCUUUCAGUGAACAAAAUGAAAAGACUAAAUUCUCUGAUGCCGUGUUCUUGAAUGGAUGAUAUUAAUAGACUGCUGGCAAAUCCAACGCUCCUAAAAGAGCACUGUUCAGACAGUCUCAUCGACACCACAGCUCAUCCUGAUGGGUUGUCUUAACUUCACCAGCGGAAAUGAGACUUUGCCUGGCAGGCACCCUUAUACAGUGCAGACCUCUGUGCCUUUAACGAUACUGGUGGGUAUCCUCAUUCUGCUGACUGUGUUUGGCAAUGUCAUGGUAGUUAUUGCUGUGAUCACAAGCCGAGCCCUGAGAGCACCUCAGAACUUGUUUUUAGUCUCUCUGGCAUGUGCAGAUAUUUUGGUUGCCACCUUAGUGAUGCCAUUCUCUUUAGCAAAUGAACUGAUGGGUUACUGGUACUUUGGUAAAGUGUGGUGUGAAAUCUACCUGGCUUUGGAUGUGCUCUUCUGCACCUCAUCCAUCGUUCACCUGUGUGCAAUCAGUUUGGACAGAUACUGGUCCGUCUCUCAAGCGAUCGAGUACAACCAGAGGAGGACACCGGGCAGGAUUAAAUGUACAGUCUUUAUAGUUUGGGUGCUGGCGGCGAUCAUUUCAUUCCCUCCGCUUAUCACAAUGAAAAAGGAUGAGGGUAAAAAAGACAGCCCUGAAUGUAAAAUUAAUGAGGAGAAAUGGUACAUCAUAUUUUCCAGCACUGCCUCUUUUUUUGCACCCUGCCUCAUCAUGAUUAUGGUGUAUGUUAGAAUAUACCAAAUUGCCAAGAAAAGAACAAGAGCCCUGCCAGGUGAAAGGCAGAAAGAAUAUGGCAAUCCAGAAGGCACCAUGUGUGGUUUGGACGCCCUGGGGAGAAAAGACAGAGAAGGGGGUGAGGUGGAAGCGGGGGACGGUAGAGAGAUCAACGGGCUAGACGUGGAGGAAGAACCCUCCUCGUCUGAUGGGAAUGAAACCAUCCUAUGUUCCCUGAAGAAGAAGAGGGGCAUGAGAAUAACCAAAGUGGCUCAGGUAAAGCCUAGAGAAACCUUUCCAAAGCCAGAGGUGCAGCCCUGUGGGAGAGCAAGCAAGUGGAAAGGAAGGCAGUACAGAGAGAAGCGCUUCACAUUUGUUCUGGCUGUGGUCAUGGGAGUGUUUGUUCUCUGCUGGUUCCCCUUUUUCUUCACAUACACGCUCACCGCUGUGUGUGACACCUGCUGUGUCCCAGAGAUAUUGUUCAAAAUGUUUUUCUGGUUUGGUUACUGCAAUAGCUCACUAAACCCUGUUAUAUACACUAUAUUCAACAACGACUUCAGGAGGUCUUUUAAAAAGAUCCUUUGUACAAGAGACAGAAGAGGUUUAUAAAUGAGAUUUUUAUGCAUGCAUUUCAAAAACAGCAUUUUUGGUCAUCUAUAUUCAGGCUCUUAUCUGUGUAAAUAUUAGAUUAAAAAUAGAUUUAUUGAAUAUUUAAAAAAUGUGAAAUGUAGCAUGUUUUGCUUUUGUGUUUUAACAUUUUGUUUAUUUCAAAUCAGUACAUGUUUGUAAUAUUAAAUCAUGCAAACAUAUUUUAAUGUGCAAUGUUUGUUUGACAGCUAGUAUCACACUGUGGCUACCUGAGAGUUUACAUUGUACAAUUGUGACAACAUGAAUGAUACAUUUUCAACAUGUAUGUGUUGAUUUGUAACCGUAUUUAAGUCAGUCAACUAUAAAAUGUCAUCUCUCAUGGCUUGGGUACUCAUGCUUUAAAGGCUGACUGGCAGUGUGCUUUAGACAGAAAAGAGGAAGAUUAGUGUUGCACAUUAAUUCUGAAAGAAAACUGGGACAGUGAAAAUAAUGUUUGUAUUGUAAUAAAGCAGACCUCUAGGGCUCACACAUCACAGUACAUGAUGCAAACUUAAUUUAUCAACUUUUCAAAUUGACAGACCAUGGUAGCGCAAGAAAUGUUUUACUUGUAUUUGUUGUGCAAUAUGCUUCAUAUACUGCAAUCCACUGAAAUGUCAAUAGUUUGGAAACAAACAUGGUCAAUAAUUUCAUUAUGACUGAAAACUGAAUCAUGUGCUCAUGACAGCAAUUAUUCUGCAAGAUAAUAUAUAAAUGCCAAAAUGACGCACAUUAUUUGGAAAGUAUGCCUCUGUCUCCGUCAUUGACCAUAAUCAUGAAAGAAGACAGAUUUAAAAAAAAGCAGAAAAUUGUAAAUGCUACAGUAUUGCAAAAAAAGAAGAAGCAAAAAAACCUAUUCAUCUUUGUAUCAUUGUACAAACAAUAGCAAAAGGGACAUAAAAGCAAAUUGUACCCUAAAAUAUUUCUCCUCAUACCACCAACAAUCGCCUUCAUUCAUAAGAAGCACGAGAACACGACAAUUAUGUCAAAAGAAAAUUACGCCUAGGAGGUACGGGCGGCACUACAAUAUUGAAUGGAGUUUAUCAUGAAUUAUAGUCCUUCAUAUCAGGGUAUCAUUAAAUCAUCCCCUGGAGUCAAACAAAAACCAUGCAGGGAUAGAAAUAUGAGUGUGCUGCUGUGUGAAGUUAAUAUCCACACAAGCUUAUCAAUGUGGUGUAAUCCUAGGUCUGAUAUCAGCACUCCCCCGUCUCUUCUCCUUUUUUAGCACAUUGUUAAAAGCAGUAUAACUUUUCUUUACAUCAACUUUUCUUUAACAACAUUUUAGAGUCUGUGAACCUGGAAUAAAGUAAACGCACCAUCCAUAAUUGCUUCAACUUAGCAAACAUUUCCACCAACCACCUCUCAUACAUACAGUAAAUAACAGAGUGAUUCCCAUGACUUGCUCUCUGGGACUAUGGUGUUUUGAGAUUCCUGUGGUACACUUGUUUGGGUUCAACCAUGUCUCAGAAUCUUAAAAUACAACAUAUUUUACUUACCACAAACGGUAAACUAUAGACCAACUAUAGUGCUGAUAGAGUUCCCACGAACAAUCUGACACAAGAAAUAAAAACAUUGGUACUUGAGGCUUUGUGGCAAUGAGAAUUUAUCAAAGAUAAAUCUAUUUCUGCAAGGUUGUUUAAUCAUUACGAGGCUUUGUUAGGACUGAGGGUGACAGUUGGUUUCAAUAUGUUUAUUCAGGAAAAAGCCCUGCCAUAACAGCAGAAGAGGCAUUAUUAGCAUUAUUAUAGCCUAGU